AUGGGACCUCCAUAUAAUUUCGGUUACGUGUUCACUUUAACAUCAAUCCACUUUCUUGUCACAGCAUUGGAAAUGGAAGCCAUGGCUUUAGCUGGAAUGUUUAAUCGUAGUUGGCUGCCGUGGAGACCAUCGGCAAUAAUAAAUCAAGAAAAAAGUUUACAUGUUGUUGAUGAUUCACGUCAACCAAAUAGUAAUGAUCCAAAUUUUGAUCGAGCAUAUAAAGUUUGUCCAUUAUUAAAUAUUGUAAAAGAAAAUUUCAAAGAAAUUAUAAAAGAACCGGUGGCGAAACUGAAAGGUUUUAUGACACAUAACGAUUUGAUUACAAGUGAAAUUCAAAAAGCUGGAUAUUUAUGCUGGCGGAAUGGCCGAGGAACCAUCAAUCGUCGUGUCGCUGAGGUUGAUGGUAUUGAAAUAUGUUCAAUAAAUUGA